AUGAGCUGUGGCUCCAAGCAGACCCCCAAGAGCUGCCUGCGAGGGAGCAGUGGCAGCGCCGGCAGCGGUGCCGGUGGAGGGGGCAGUAGCCAUUCCUCUGCCUCCUCAAGAAGGAUCACUUCCAGGACAAGUGGUGGUGGCAGGUUUUCUGGCAGCAGUUGUGGUGGAGGAAGCUCCAGGAGCAGCUACAGCGGGGGAGGCAUCAGCGGUGGCUAUAGCAGGAUGAGGCGCAGCAGUUACGGAGGAGGGAUGAGCAGUGGCUACUAUGGAGGGGAAAUGGGCUGUGGCAGCAUGGGAGGAGGCUUUGGACCAGGUGGGAGCGGGUUUGGUUAUGGAAUAAGCUUUGGUGGAGGUGGUGUUGGUUUCAGUGGUGGCAGCUUUGGCAGUGGAGGCUUUCCUGGAGGGAACCUGGGGAUUCUCUCCAGCGAUGAAAAGCUGACCAUGCAGGGCCUCAACGAGCGCCUGGCUGCGUACCUGCACACUGUCAGAAACCUGGAACUGGAGAACGCUCGGCUUGAGCAGUUAAUCAGGGAAUGGUACCAGAAGCAAGGCCCUACUGGUGCAAAGGACUACAGCCACUAUUAUGAAAAAAUUGAAGAUCUUCAAAGUCAGCUUGUGACUGCAGCUGUGGAAACCAACAAGAUACUUUUGGACGUGGAUAACACAAGGAUGACUGCAGAAGACUUCAGGAUAAAGUAUGAGACAGAGUAUGGACUCCGGCAGAACGUGGAGGCUGACAUCAACACCUUGAGACCCUUGUUGGAUAAUCUGACUCUGACCAGGACUGACCUGGAAAUGCAGUUUGAGUCUCUAAAGGUGGAGAUGAUUGAUCUCAAGAAGAACCACGAGGAGGAAAUGAAAUUGCUGCAAGCACAGUCUGGUGGUGAUGUGAAUGUGGAGGUGAAUGCUGCUCCAGGAGAGGAUCUGCUGAAAAAACUCAAUGCUCUGAGACAAGAAUAUGAAAAUGUUAUCAAGAGGAACCGUGAAGAGGUUGAAAGGUGGUAUGAAGGCAAGAUGGAGGAAGUGAGCCAACAAGUCCACUCAAGUGGCCAGGAAGUAGAAUCAAGCAACCAACAGGUCUCUGCGCUGAGACGUGACUUUCAGUCCCUGGAAAUCGAGCUGCAGUCCCAGAUCAGCAUGAUACAGUCUUUGCAAUCCAACCUGGAGGACACUGAACGCCGCUACAGUUUGCAGCUGCAGCAGAUCCAGGCCAUGAUCAACCCCCUGGAGGAGGAGCUGGCGAGCAUCCGCUGUGAGAUGGAGGGUCAGAACCAGGAGUACAAAAUGCUCCUGGGCAUCAAGACCCGUCUGGAGCAGGAGAUUGCUCAGUACCGGGCACUGCUUGAAGAAGGGCAGCAUAUUAACAUCUCACAGGGAGGAGCUGGUGGUGGAUCUUCAGGAGGAGGAGGUCAUGGAGGAACGAGCUGGUCUUCUGGAAGAGGAAGCAGUGGAGGAGGAAGUAGUUGGUCCUCAGGUGGAGGAAGUGGUGGAGGAUCCCAUGGAAGAACUUCCUCUUCUGGAGGUGGAGGAGGAGGUAGCGAAGGAAGAACAGGAGGUGGAACCUGUGGUAAAAUGUCAGGUGGAGGAGGUGGCAGUGGUGGAGGAGGGGGCAAAUCCUGCCUCUCCCGCUCUUCAUCUUCCCAGUCCCAGUCUGGCAACUCUGGUGAAGGCCAAGGAGGUGGUGAAAACAUGAAGCUCUGCCUGGAAGGGAAUAGAACUUUGGAGAGAGGAGCUACGAUAAAGGAAGUGUCUGAAGCCAUAAAAACACUGAGAUCCGGUAAGGCUCCAGGUCCUGACAGCAUCUCAAACAAAUGCUUGAAUGCUGAAAGUUAA